CUAAAUGUGCUCUUACUGCGCAGCUACUGCAGGCAAUCUGAAACUAAAUGGCACGGUGUUUUUGUGUUGGCUUCUUGAAACGAUCUUUCGGUCUUUCAUCUGAUUGCUAGACCCUCUGACGUUCGGUUGCACGCCCCCUCCUCCUGGAUUUCGCGCUAUGACGUAUUUGCGGGUCCCCGUCAUCUCGGUUUGGGUCGUGGAAGGAAAACUCGGAUGUGAAUCCUGUUCCGAAUCCACACCAGGUCUUCCAAGCUCUUAUGAAUGUCUCCGUAUGUUUUUGAUUGCCUUUUACGACAAGCCACAUUGAGCCCACCUCUUCCCCUCCUCUCCUCGCCAUCCUUCCCCGAUACCUGUCACAAACAUUAAGCCGCACAAUUAGCCCGGUACCUGCAAAAUGAGGAUUUAAAUCGCUGUUACUGGAGGCAACCGAUUUCGAGCUGGCUGAUUUGAGCCCCGCUUGGAGGAUGGCUGGUUCGAGACACCAGCGGCUAUGGAGAGUCGUGCUUCUCUUGACCGUAUGCUACCAGGUCGGGCUCUCCGGCAGAUACGGUUGUCUAUUUGAGAAGAGGCUGUGCCCCAGGGAUCAGAUGUGUUCAGAUGACAGGUUAUUUGGGCAGUGUGUGAGCUCUCCACAUGAGCGAGUUCAGUACCAGCUGACUGUUCCCAUCCUACAGAGACUCCAGCAGGUCCUCAAGGAACUUAUGGUGCAGGGUCUCUCGUGGCACGAUGACAUCACUCAGUACAUCAUCGCUAAGGAGAUGGGCAGAGUUCCCCUCUCUGGCACCGCUAAAGCCCAGAAAACACCCUCACAACCGGCCCAGGCCCCCACCUCUAAAGGGCCCCAGGCCCCAGUCUCUAAAGGGGCCCACACCAGCGCAGGCUCCAAGGGAGGGAACAGUCUGCCCCAAAACUAUGUGGACUACAUGAUAGUGGACCCACCGCAGACCUCAAUGCAUAUGCAAGCCAUACCUCUAGACCCCUACACCUACCACCAGCAUGGUUACCAAGACGACACAGAGCGCGGGCUCCCCUCCAUGGUGCCGGCGGGAUACCCCCACCCCCCACCUGGGUCUCACCCCCACGCCCACUCCUCCUCGUCCUCCCGUUCAGGAAUCUCACAGCAGAGGGAGCGGGAGCGGGAACGCCAGCUCCUCCAGGACCUCCUCUCACACUACCUCUCCUCCGCACAGCCCUCAUUCCGCCACCGGGGGGCAGCGGCGCUCCCGGCCGCACCCUACUACGAGGACCUGGACCUGCUGCAGGACUAUGCAGACGAGUACCAGCCGGUCGAGCGGCCCCGGACCCAGCACCGAACCGCUCCGGCCCAGGAUUACAGCUCGCUCUCGGGGGUGGACGAUGAGACACUGUUCCGGAUGGCAGCCACGUUGGAGAGGUAUGGUGUGGACCCCGGGGACCUGAGUCCUCAGCAACUCUACAGGCUCUAUGUUGCUCUACAGAAACAACAGAGCCAGCAGAAAAACACAGAUAAGUUGCCCCUAAGUGCUGCCGUCACUCUGAAGGAGACGGUGGUGGAGGACAGUGACACUCAGACCCAGAAAGGAGAGAGUCGAAGCCCCCCCUCUGCGCCCCCCCAGACCACCUCCACCACGGCGCCCCCCCCACUCACCACCUCACCCGGGGUGACGGCCAAGCCGAGGGUGUCCAUGGGGGACCUGGAGCUGAACGAGAAAGGACUGAAGACGGAGGACACGGCGCAUGUCAGGGAGGAGUACGGCUACAUAGUCACCAACCAGAGUCCUCUGAGUCUAUAUGAUGGUGUCCGUCUCCUGGAGACACUUGCACGGAGGAUCCACCUCAGCACCAGCAGUUUCAUCAACAUCAGUGUGGUCGGUCCAGCCUUGACAUUCCGCAUCCGCCAGAACUCCCAAAACAUGAGGGCAGAGGAUGUGGCCAACAAAGCAGUGGCUGAGAAGAACUUUCUGGAAGGGGAGACGGCGCUGAAAAUUAUACAGACUGGAGUGGGAGAGAGGAGUGAGGGGCGCGGGUUGCCGCGAGCGACGAGGAUCGGCGAGAGUUCCCGCGGCGUGGUGCUGGGGCUGGUUGCCAUGGCGUGUGUGGGCGGAAUCCUGGUGGUGGCACUGGGCGUGGCCUGUUUCCGUUACCAUGGACGCCAGCUGGAGGAGCGCAAGCUCGGUCUGGGUCCAGAAGGGGGCGCUGAAACACACUUCGACUACCAGGAGUUGUGUCGUCAGCACAUGGCGGCGAAGUCGUCAUUCAGUCGCUCAGAUGCGGGGGGUCGGCGAGGCACGGACACGUCGCGUGUGAGCAGUGUGUCGUCUCAGUUCAGCGACGGACCUCAGCAAAGCCCCAGCUCUCACAGCAGCACCCCGUCAUGGAGCGAGGAGCCCGCUCAGUCCAACAUGGACAUCUCCACUGGACACAUGAUACUGGCCUACAUGGAGGACCACCUGAAGAAUAAGGACCGUCUGCAGAAGGAGUGGGAGGCCCUGUGCUCGUAUCAGGCUGAGCCCAGCUCCACAUCAGUGGCCCUGAGCGAGCAGAACACGGAGAGGAACCGCUACCAGGACUUUGUGCCCUAUGACCAUGCCCGUGUGAAGCUGAAGGCUGAGAACCACCCCAGCAAGGAGGACUAUGUCAACGCCAGCAUCAUCAUCGACCAUGACCCACGCAUGCCAGCGUACAUCGCCACCCAGGGACCAAUGGAGCACACCAUUGCUGACUUUUGGCAGAUGGUUUGGGAGAACGGGUGCACUGUGAUAGUGAUGAUGACGGCCCUGGUGGAAGACGGUGAAAAACAAUGUGAACGCUACUGGCCUGACGAAGGCUCAUCGCUCUACAACAUCUAUGAGGUGAACCUGGUGUCUGAGCACAUCUGGUGUAAGGACUUCCUGGUGCGGAGUUUCUACCUGAAGAACGUUCAGACCCAGGAGACACGCACUCUCACCCAGUUCCACCUGCUCAGCUGGCCAGCCCAGGGCAUCCCCUCAUCCACUCGCCCCCUGCUGGACUUCCGCAGGAAGGUGAAUAAGUGUUACAGGGGCCGCUCCUGUCCUAUCAUCGUGCACUGCAGCAAUGGAACCGAAAGAACCGGAACUUACAUUCUCAUCGACAUGGUUCUCAACCGUAUGGCUAAAGGAGUUAAAGAGAUUGACAUUGCGGCAACACUGGAACACAUCCGUGAUCAGAGAGCAAACAUGGUUCGCACUAAGGAUCAGUUUGAGUUUGCCCUGACGGCCGUGGCGGAGGAGGUCAACGCCAUCCUGAAAGCCCUCCCCCAGUGAGAUCGGUGACCCCCCACUCCCACGCCCCACUGUGCCAUGUACCCCCCCCCCCUCCUCUGUGCCCCCCACCCACUCAGUCCCAACCCUGAAACAUAUACAUGAGUUUAACCUGCACCAUCUACUCUGCCAGUCCAGAAGUGUUUCAGUACCUCAGGGUUAUAAGGUCCAAUCUGACUUCAGUGACAAAACAAGCUAAUGUAAUAAACAUGUCCUCUGAAUGUAUACGAUAGCUUUUACAACAAUACAAAUAAAUCACACAAAAAUAUAGACGACACGAAACUGAAGAGGUUGUGAGCAUUGAGAGAGAGAGUGCCGAGAGUCACCACUUCAGAGCUCAGUAUCUCUAUCUGGAACGCACAGAGGUCAGAGAGAACCGUAUAAUUCUUCAAUAAGCUCUUGAAUUUCCUAUGCAUGACCAUUUGCCCCUGACUCAAUGUGGAUUCUCACAUGCAGGUAGAGCAGGUCAGAGGUCAGAGGUCAGGGAAGGUUAAAGCACAGACACAAUAGAUUAGAACCACUGCAGGUCAACAUUCUCCCACAACCCCGCUGUCUGGGACUUGUAGUUCUCUGUGAUUGGUGUUCAAUGUUGCAAAAUGGCCUCUAUCUUUCAGUCCCCGUUAUUGUGUUUUUUCGGUCUAAAAUUCAAGCUUUUUUGAAAACUGUCCAGAUCCCUCGUAGCCUCCAUCUUAAUAUGAAUGUGUUUUAUUUUCAAAAGAACACCAUAAAAGAACAUUUUGAAAUGUUUAAAAAAAAAAAACAUACGUGUUUGAUUUCUAUGAAUGUAAGUAUCCAGACACCAAACGCUCAACACCAAUGUGUUGCUUCAGCACACUCUCCCUUUCGUCCACUGAGGCCUCAGCUGUGGCCACUCUUGUGUCUUGCGAAUCCGUUGUUGUAACACAAGGAAUCAUGCAUUGUGAUUUGAAUGUAAAUAAUUCAUCGAGACUUCCUGUGUAGCAAAGGUAGAAAAAAAAACGUCUAUAAAAAAAUAUAAGAUAUUUUUAACUUGUUCUCUAUUAAAAUUGUGAAGUGAUGCAACUACAA